AUGGACUUGCAAGCUCUCUUUCAGCAGGCGCGGUUUGGCUCCACGUCCGCACCACCCACGGACGUGCCGCAGCAAGACAAUGCAGAGACCGUGCACAUAAGCAGCCUUGCGCUUCUCAAGAUGCUCAAGCACGGACGUGCAGGAGUGCCGAUGGAAGUGAUGGGUCUGCUUCUGGGCACCAUUGUCGACGACUAUACCGUAUCGGUGGUGGAUGUGUUUGCGAUGCCUCAGUCAGGCACAGGUGUGAGUGUCGAAGCUGUCGAUCCUGUCUUCCAGACCAAGAUGCUUGAUAUGCUAAAACAGACCGGCCGCUCAGAAGUCGUGGUGGGUUGGUACCAUUCGCAUCCCGGUUUCGGCUGCUGGCUGUCCAGCGUCGAUAUCAACACGCAGCAGUCGUUUGAACAGCUGAAUCCAAGAGCUGUGGCUAUUGUCGUUGACCCGAUCGAGUCGGUCAAAGGCAAGGUCGUGAUUGACGCAUUCCGUCUCAUCAACCCAUCGACCGUGAUGCUGGGCCAAGAGCCGCGCCAGACCACGUCGAAUAUCGGACACCUCAACAAACCCUCGAUCCAGUCGCUCAUUCAUGGCUUGAAUCGCCACUACUACUCGAUUGCCAUUGGCUAUCGAAAAACGCAGCUCGAGCAGGCCAUGUUGGGCAACUUGCACAAGCGCAACUGGACCGAUGGUCUCAAACUCGCCGACUUCCAAGAACACCAGCACACAAAUCAGGGCGCCGUCAAGCGCAUGCUUUCACUCGCCGAAGAGUACCAAAAGUCUGUCAAAGAAGAGGCCAAGCUCACGCCCGAACAGAUCAAGACACACUAUGUCGGCAAGCAGGAUCCCAAGCGGCAUCUCGAAGAUGCUGUCGAGUCGUCGAUGAGCAACCAAAUUGUACAGAGCUUAGGUACCAUGAUUCUUGCAGAGCUCUAG